UUCACCUCAUCCUCAUCCUUUCUUCUGUCCAGGCCAAUUAUCACAACCGGCAACGUGCUUCUGGUCCAGUUUGUGUCUGACCUCAGUGUGACAUCUGAUGGAUUCCUCGCCCACUAUAGCAGCGUUCCGCCAGGCACUGAGAUACCAAUCGUCGACUCAGGAGCCAGUACGAGGUCCAUUCCUCCAAAACCUGCAGUCAAACCAGUUGCACCUGAACGCCCAGCCGCCACCAGACCGCCACCACAAUAUGUGCAACCUGAGCCCACCGAGAGACCCAAACCAGUCAAACCUACCAGGGGCCGUGGACAGGGCGCCACAGGCCAGGCAAGGAGGGUGCCCGUCACACGGCCAAAUGGAAGGAGGCCUGUCCCUCAGAAUCCUCUGUGUGCCAAAGCCUGCAAAAGAGAUGGAACCAUCAAAACCAGUUUCUGUGCCAGUGAAUUUGUGAUAACUGGGAAAGUGGCCUCUCUGUCUCCCGGGCCCCGAGGCACUCUCCAUAUUAGCGUCACCCUCAUUAACUCCUACAAGACUGGUCAACUAGCAAUCGCGCAAGACCAAGAGACAAUGACGGUUAAGCUGGUGUCACAGUGCAAGAAAUGCCCGCUGCUCCGCAGAGGUAUUCACACACACACACACACACACACACACACACACACACACUACAUCACAGAUUAGCAUUUACAUUCGGUC